UCACAAGCUCCCUUCAACCCCGCAUGACUGUACCAGUUCUCAAAACUAGUUAUGGACUUGACAACUUUUUGAAGCAUUAGCCUCAUCUUGUAUCUCUUAUGGUUGCAGAUUCAUAGGGACUUUUUAUUUUGCUUUUUAGAAAGACGGUGUUUAGAUCCGCUAAAUACGAAAAUCAUACCUGUUGGAGCUAGGACAAGGUGGAGGUGGCCCCAGGGAUGGGGAAGCUUGGGGUGAAGCUACGACCCAGCAGGACGACCUGCGCCAGGGUCGUCGAGGAGCCCGGGACGGUCCUGAAGGAGGUGGUCACGGACUCAGGACUCAAGACGCCACUUCUUCCUACUGCCCCUGCUUCAGGAGUACGCCAGCGGGUCAAAAAGGCGCAGCAGCAGCCCAGGUAUGUCCCUACUGACUGGGACGACUCUCUUCCCUACGGCGGCAAGGUCUUCCUGGCCAGACGGAAGCUGCCGGAUAGCUGGUUCUGCGUCGCCUUACAGGUACUGGUAAUAGCAGGAUCAGUGGGGCUGGUGUACUACGCAUGGUACCACGGUGACCACAUGCACUACCACAUCACCAAGGCGUAUGCUCACCUGGGUCACCGUGAGGCCCAGGCCACCGUCGGCCACAAGCUUCUCAAUGGUAAGGGGGUGGAGAUGAACCACACCGCAGCCAUGGAAUGGUUCAAGAAGGCUGCCGACCAGGGUCAUCCCGAGGCCUCGUACAACGUUGCUGUUGGUCACCUCCAGGGCCAUCAUAUCGGACUGCAGCCAGGUGAUGCGCACAAGCUGAUCAGACACGCCGCCUCCCACGGGGUGCCCCAGGCAGUGGAGGUACUGGAGAAGGUCUGCUCCACAGGCCAUUGUGACAUCUAACCUCGAAGUUCAUGCUGAAGGCAAUAAUUAGUGCCUGUAUGCUACCAUCCAGAAUUGCGUUUCUUUAAUUAUAAAUUAAGUUUUACUUAUAAUUGCCCAACACCUACCACCGAGAUUAAUCUUGAAUCCAAUUCCAGUGCUUCUUUCACUUUUUAAGUGGCAAAAGCAUUUGAUCAAUGUUUCAUUUCACCUGACACCUCUGUUCACCUAGCAGUAAAAUAGGUACCAAGGUAUUGGACAACUGUUGUAGUGUAUCCUAGGAAGGUCAGUGGUUGGCCUAGGUAAGCUUAACUGGCCUCCAGUAUCCAACAAUGUGAUGCUGUAUUCACUUGGUUCACAAUAACAUUAUGCAUCUCACACACACACACACACAGACUACAAGACUAAAAUAUUGGGAGAUUAUGGGGAACUAAAUCUCACAUAGCUGGAAAAAAAGAAGUUAGGGGAGACAUGGUCACCACAUACAAGAUCCUCAGAGGAAUUGAUAGGGUAGAUAAACACAAUUUAUUUAACACAGGGGAAACAGGUGG